AUGGCAGCCUCAGUAACUCACGGAAUCAAGACGCUCGGCGUGGUGGGUGCGGGUCAGAUGGGACUUGGCAUCGCCUACGUUGCUGCACUGCGUGCGCAGAUCCCCACCGUCCUCCUGUGCGAUGCUUCGCCGACCGCCCUCGAAAAGGGAGUGUCGUUCUUCGAGACGCUGCUCAAGAAGGAUGUGAGCAAGGGCAAGAUCCAGCAGGGUGACGCGGACGCGGCUCGGGCGCGACUGGUGACGGUGCAGAAGCUGGAGGAUUUCGCCAACCACGGUUCCGCCGCGGACAUGGUGAUCGAGGCAGCAACGGAAAACUUGGCGGUCAAACAGAAGAUCUUUGGCACCCUCGCAUCGAGUUUGCCGCUCGAGACGAUUUUGGCCACCAACACGAGCAGUAUCAGUGUCAGCAAGAUCGCUGCUAGUGCGGUGGGGGUGAAUGUCAAGCCGGGUUCCGAGGAGGCGUGGAAGAGUCCUGCUCGAGCUUUGGGCAUCCACUUCUUCAACCCGGUCCCUGUGAUGCCUUUGGUCGAGCUGAUCCCAGCCAUCCAAACGAGCCCCGAAGUCGUCGAUCGCUCCCGUGCCUUCGCCCAGGCAUGCGGUAAAGAAGUCACCACGUCCAAAGACGUCCCCGGCUUCGUCUCCAAUCGCCUCCUCAUGCCGUUCAUCAACGAAGCCGUCAUGGCGCUCGAAGCCAACAUCGCCUCGCGCGAGGACAUCGAUAAGACCCUCCGCCUCGGCAUGAACCACCCCAUGGGCCCCCUCACCCUCGCCGACUUUAUCGGUCUGGAUACCUGUCUGAGCAUCAUGGAGACCUUGUACAGGGAGACGGCGGAUAGCAAGUACAGACCUGCCGUGCUGUUGGGUCGCAUGGUCGAUGCGGGUUGGUACGGGAAGAAGAGCGGAAAGGGCUUCUACGACUAUCCUGCCAAGUAG